AUGGAUCCGCCCGACGAUGAUGGCCAGACACAGGAUGACGACGAUUCCGAUUACGUUGGCAACGUUACCUUUUCGCGAGCUAUGAAUAGAUCCAAGAAGCGGCUCAAGGCCGACACUCCCACGAUGGCAGCCUCUGGACAGAUAGCCAACAACGGGCAUUCCAAGAAAGAAAGGAAGCUCAGAGAUUAUGGCGUCGAAAAGUUUCAUCUCAUGAUCGAUAAGUAUAAAGCCGAAAUCAAGAAGCUCCAGGUCCAGCGGGCGGUUGAGAAAGCGAAAAACGCAGAUCUCAAAAACAACCAGCUCGCGAAAUCCAAAUCGAAAAUCAAGGACAAGGACGAGAAACUCGGUGAUCUCACGGCCGCUUCGCAGUCGCUCAGACAUCAGCUACAGGCAAAGAAUGAAGAGAUCCGGAAGCUCAAGGAUACAGCUCGACUCAGAGAGUUGACGCUCAAGGAGUACCAGGAUGCAACUCUGCAGCCACUCGAAGAACUUGAGUCAAACGAUUUCAAAGCUACUGAUGACAAUUGUGUUGCGUCUCAAUUGUCACGGGUGUUUCGCGCAUCCAAAUCCUGGGCUUCUCGCAAUGCUAUCUCAAAAUGGCCAGAGCUCGACAUUGAAGCCAUUCAGCAUGGUCAAGAUGUGUUGGGUGAUCCAUGCGUCCCUAGAAUCGCCUCCACCAGCGCUCUCUCUGCGAUUGAUCAGGGUUUCAUUCCACCGAAGGUGGUCGUCAACGCCCUUCUCAACAGCCUGAUCGUGCGGCUGAUCCUUGAACACCCCUUCUCUGUCAUCUCGGCGGUGCGCACUAACGGUGGUAGCAUAUCUUUGGGAGACGUCACCCAGAUUAUAUCUCGGAGUGUUGCAGGGUUUAGCAAGAGUACAGCUGAAUAUGCCGAGAAGUUUAGGUGCGUUGCGGCUUCCUCUCUGCUACCGCCAGACUUCAAGCUCGACAACGUCUCAACUUCAAACGAGCUUGAGGCCAGCACCGAAGACUUCCGCGCACAAGUCCUGCAGUUGGCCAUGAAUGCUGUCGGAUUCUUGCUGCGAGAAGAUCACAGUACAACAGACCAGUCUAGAGACGAUCUACGCAAAUUUAUCUGGUUGGCUGUUAGCACCAGCAUCCAAAUACAUGCACAAUAUCCACGCGUGACAUUUUUGUUCUUGUCGGACCUCAAGAGACAUCGGUUCUCUUGUGACCACGAACAACUUGAAGCGCAUCCAAUCAUGAACUUGAAGCAUGAUGGUGAUAGCAACGACGGCAGGACGGCGGAGGAGGCUGGCGUGGCGGGUCGAAGCCCGGAUCUGGUUGUCGAACCUCUCGUCCAGCGAUCCGGCGACAAUCAGGGCAAGGCUUGGGAUGGAGAGCGGCUCGUCCGUCGGGCGGUGAUCUGGAUUUGCAGCCCCAAAGACCACGAAAUGGCCGCGCAGAAACUAAUCAAGGCCGCCAACGAUGUUCCACGUCACGAGUCGUCUCAGAAGCACUCGCGGAUACCUGUCAAAUCUUCUCAAGUCUCACAACAGCGUUCCAAUCCGGGAGAUGGACGUAAUAUCAACGGUGCACGGCAAGAUGAUGACAACACGCCCGCGCGUCCUCACGAGAGGUCGUCCCGACAGCAGCGUGUUGUAAGGGGCGAGCCAGGUCGCCAAGCUCGAAAGAGGCAAUCAAAUAGGUCACAGGAGUACCCCAACAAGAAAGCCCUCACAGAGACUGGCCCACGCUCUCAGAACAAUCAGCCCGCCUGUAACGAGCCGACCAUCAAAGCCGAGCCAACCAUCAAGAUCGAGCCAGGGAGUGACUCGAAGGUGGGAAAUUUAUCAGGAUCGCUGAGAAGUACCGUCGACUCGAUUGGAGGCACUCGACGCAACGACAGCCGGCACCCAGGCGAACAGAACAAAUCGAAACAUGUUCACGUACAGUCAGGAAAGGCACGGAGCUCCGAUAUCCACGAGUAA